GCCAAAGAGAAGGUUGACAUCCUAUGCAAGGAGAGUGUUUCUUUGAGAGACCAGCUAAAACAGCGGGACGAACUGCUAACAGAGCAUUCCAACCAAUCUUUUGAAAACCAGGCUGUGCCAGCGACAGAGGCUGCGCCAGUGACAGAGGCUGCUGACCCGACCACUGUAGCAGCAGUGGGCGCGGCGUUUCUGGAGAUCUUGAAAAGGGAGAACAACGCUUUGAUCAGCGACAAUGAAGAACUGAAGACACAAGUAGAGCAGUUAAAGGGCAUGCUUCGAGAAAAAGAAAAGGAACUGGAACGAGUCAUAGAGAAACUGUCUGGUGCUUACGCCGAAAACGAAAGCAUUUCAACUGAGUUGAAGGCAAAGCAGAGAGAGAUUGCAAAGCUAGAAAGAAAGCUGCGUAACGCCGAGGAAGAACUCGAUAGGGUACAACAAAAAGAGAAAAUGUUGGAAGCCAAGAAUCGACAAUUGGACGAUGAAACCCUGAAUGACAAACGCAGCGCGGACAGAACAAAUGGAAAGCUUGAAUGUCUGAAUAACGCGCUUGAAGACUCUAAGAACAAGAUCAGAACGUUGGAGACGGACCUAACACAAAAGAAAAACCAGAUCAAGGCGAAGAAAGAUCGAAUUGAAACCCUGGAGGAAGAAAACGUUCAGCUUACGCAGGAAAUGGAUUCUCUAAAGCGACAGAACAACGCUGCAAUGGAAUCAUAUCUUGCUAUGACCACAGUGUUGAGGGAGAAGGACCUGAAGAUAAAGGAACUGGAAGAUGAUAAUAAAGAGAAGAGAAGACAACUCAGAACUCAGGGGGAGAAGGCUGAGGUCUUAAGUUUAGAGAACAGUCGUGUGCGAGAGGAGCUGGAGCGAGUGGAGCGGAGGUUCACGGAUAAGGAGCAAUCGUAUCGAUUGGUAUCACAAGCAUUAGAUGAAAGCCGGAAAGCAAUAAAAAACAACUUGGAAAGCAUUGGCCAAGCACUCGGAGAUACCGACACUAGCGAAGAAUCCGGAGUUGAGCUGAUAAAUACAGGGGACCGUGGUAAUCUGAAGCCAAGAGAAACGGUCAGUUUUGAUUUGUUUUUUACCUUCGUUGUUGUUGUUUUUAUACUAAAGUAAGUACUCAGCAAACGAGGUAAUUAAAGUAUUUUUUUAUUACGUCUUCCUGACCUAAAUGUUGUGAAGUAGCUUAACGGUCACGUGAUCGUUUCGUUUGUUGUUCCUUUUCUCUGUUUUUCAAAUGCAAACCGACCUCUUUGGCACCACAAGCCUACCUUUUUUGGGAUUCCAGUGUUGAUUUCGUAAGAAACUGAAAUCCCCGUAUCACGAAUACUUCGCAGUUAAACCGGGUAUUUAACAAUUAUCCCUCGAGCCCGAAUAGGCUCUGAGUCAAUAGCCCAUUAAUGAAUGAAUGGGCUAUUGACUCAGAGGCCACGAGGGCGAGUGGAACAAUUGUUUUAGUAAAAUUUCACUGGUUGGUCAAAAAUAUCGAGACAAAACAACUUUAGCUAGCAAAACGCGGUUCAGCCGCCAUUGUUUUGGUUUUCAAAGCCGGCGCUUUUCGUUGCUAGUGGGCUAUAACAUAAAGCCUAGUAGUAGCUCAACCAAUCAGAACGCAGCAUUGAUAAUAGACCACUAGUUGGAUUUUACUGAUGUGCCAGUUCCAAAAUUAAUACAUAUGUUGUUGUUCUUUUGUCGUCACGAUAAUUGACUCAUAAUGUCUCGCUCGAAAGUAAACGUUUUUUGAAUUCUGCUGAUGAUAUGGGGGCAAAGUGGGCUAGCAUAAAUAUAAAGAAAAGUAACAUUGCCAGCACUAUGGAAUAUAAGGAGUAUAAGCUUGACGAAGCUCCCGCCGCGGGAGCGACUUGCUCUCCAAGACGGUGGACUCAACCUACUGUAUGAGGGUCCUCAACAGGGUUCUUCAAUCCCGUGACCCGACCAAAAACUUAGUGCAAUCCCGUAAUCCCGAGGGUUUUUUCGCGCAUUUUAACUCGCACGCAUAAUUUCAAUCCCGAAUCUUACCCGAUUUUGUUUUAAAAUUCCGAAUCCCGAGCUUCAAAUUAGGGAAAUCCCGGAUCCCGAAUCCCGAAUAACCUAUUGGGGACCCUCCGGUGUGUUGAUCGAAGACCAUCUAAGGGCAAAUGAAUUUGCAUUAACGUCAACACGUUUUAUUUCUGCAUUUUUGACAGAAAGUCAAGACAUGCACUAACUGUGAGAAAUUGAAGGUAAACCUGCGAGAACAUCAAGAGUGCUAUGUUCUAAAAAUCCGGGAACUUGAGGCUUGCAUACGGGAUCUGAAAUCCAAGAAAGAGGCUCUGGAGCAGAAAGUCGCCAAUCAGAGGCGAAGCAGUGAGGAGUUUACCAGCCGCGUGCAAGAGAUUGUACAGAAACUAGAAAAAGAACAGCGUGCUAACAAACAGGACAGAGGAGAACCCAUGAGAGGAAAGCUAAGGGAGACAGAGAACUUCUUUACUAUGGUCAGAAAGUUCUUCAUAGAACAUGAAGAUCUGAAAGACUACGCGCAAAAUUGUCUGCAUGACCUCCUCCAGUUACAGCGGUAUUUCCAGGUAAGUCCUAAGAGUGCAUGCCCGACAUCAAUUGAUCUUUAAUCAAAUUCCCUCAACUAAUUCUCCAAGGAAAUGCAUGGAGUUCGGUGUGGACAAUUUGUAUGUGGAUUCGUCUUGUAACGAAAAGGAAGUUAGAAGGAAAGAAGUCGGGCCAUAAGCCUUUUCUGUUUUCUUUUCCUAUCAUCAUGGUGGCUACUAGACCAUUUCUUUUCCAAAAGUGGCUGCAGCCAAAACUCAAGAAACUAAUUUUGUAAAACACUGAAAACUAAGAGACAUACACGAUAAUACCUUCUAAGAGGAUUCAAGGUUCUCAAUAUGUAGGUUUCGUCAUUUUCCUGCAACCUUUAAUGAAUGAAAUUACAACAGCCAUAAGGCGAAUCUUUUCGAAAAAAUAAAUAAAUACUUAAAUGCUACAUUAGAUGUUUAUACCUUUUCAUAUACCUCAACUCGUGAAUUCCCAACACUUUGAUAUACCUGAGGACAGGGGAACCCGUUAGGCCGCAGCCUUCCCGUAAAGGCCAUUAUAGGGAGUACCCUCUAGGCUUAAGAUUCAAAAAUGAGUUUCGUAUACAAUCUCGAGUGAGGGUUAAAAUGUUCACGUUUCAGCCUAGGCGUUCUCAAUAUGUGGCUUUUUGUACGCUGAUUUUCACUGUAAUCUUUAGGAUUGCACAGACGGCGCCAAAGAAAUCAUCAGCCACGCUCAACCAUUCGAAGCCGUCGCCAAGCGAAUGACGCUGCUAAAAUCACUGUUGGAGUCAGUCGUAGAGGAAUUUGCGAUGCCGUUGAACGAGGAGAAAGAAACUGGAGAUGGCGGGGAUUCUCCCAUCGAAGCGGAUAUCCAAGCGGAGAUGUCAUGGGACAAUUAUGAUAGGGAAAUAGCUUUCAAAGCGUUCAAAGACAACGUGGAAGACAUUCUGGAUCAGCUGGACAAAGAUAAGAACCUGGCUGCCAAGAAAGCAGAGGAGCUACGCGAGGUUAAAAGGGCGCAUUUGGCUCUUAAAAAGGUCAGGAAGAGGUCCAGGGAAGCUAUCGAAAAGGCUUUAGCACAUGGAGAUACAGAGAAGAUAGCAGAGGAGGGCCUAAGAACACACGAGCUCAUUGAGCCCCUGAGCGUUAGUACCCCGAUAGGCUGCGAUUUAGUUGACGUCAUUAAGAAUUUAAUGAGCCAAAACCGAGAAGAACUGGAAUGUAAAAUGGAACAGUAUUUUAAGCGCCUGGAAAACACGAUUAACCAUCAGCGUGUAAAGCAGUUUACAGACGAUAAAAGGCAAAAGCCUGGUACGGAGAAUUUCAAGGAUGUCGUUGAUGGAAAAUUUGCCAUUGGGGAGUUGGAUAUAGUUAAGCGAAAAAUUUCUGACGUCCAAAAAUGCAUGAAACACCUCGUUGGAUCUCUGACAGAAACCGAGAGAGUGAAAAAAUGUGUCGAGUCUCAAAUGGAUAUACUUAGCGGAGAGCUUAGUCGGAAGGAGUCUCAAUACGAGACCAAAUGCGAAGACCUCAAGAGAGCAGCGAAGACGGCGUCGGAGCACGAACAAACUCUCCGAAGCAGAAUCGACGGCCUAACAUCGGAGAAAGACGAGAUUAACUCGGAGCUACGAAGAGUCGUUGGAGUUCUGAAAAAGAAAGAGAUAGAACUGGUGGAGAAAUCUAAGGAGUUGAGACAGUUGCAGACCUCGUACAGCGAAGAGCAGCGCGUGAUGAAAAAUAAGAUGGUUGCUCUCGAACAGGAGAACAACGGACUGUGGUUAGAUUACAAAGAAGCAGAUAAGCGAGCUGACAUUAAGGAAAAGGAGUUUAAAGAGCUCGUAGAACGGCUUAAGACCAGUCAGGGUUAUCUGCACGCCAUGUUUAACAGCUUAAGUAACAUGGAUGAUGAACUUCAGAAAGCACGAGAUAUUGAAGUAUUCAGCGAACAAAAUUAG